AUGUACGCUGGAAUCGAUAAAUAUGGAGGAACGUUAGUAGGUAAAGGUGAACCAAUAGAAAGCAGUUCGGCAAUUAAAAUUGCAUCAUCAAACUCGGGUUUAUCAUUAGACGAAGUAAUUGAAACUGCGGCUGCUGAAGAGACCGUCGUUGUUAAUGUGCCUUAUUCAUACUUGAAAGAUGAAAACGAUACGAAUUCGACCGUUUCGGGAGUAUCCAAAUUUCUGCUUACUGCUCAAUUAAACCCGGAAGCAGGUGGACUCAUGUGGGUAGAGCAAAGUAGCUUACAAAAUGUCUAUAAGAAUGUUGUAGCCAUGUCCCAGAUGACAUCAAUGUUGCGGGAUAAGGAUCGCAACAAUUGGAACGGGCUUAUUGUCCAUGUUUGCCGCCACUCACGGAGCCGAGCACGUUUACGCCUGCGUUUGACGGACUUGAAGGUUGCACCAGAGAAGGAAGAAGACAAGGACUUAAAUACAACGUAUCACUUGCCACGACGUGCCGAUAUCCUGGUGUCGGAACUCUUUGACUCGGCUUUAUUGAGAGAGGCAUUUUCAGGUGCCCCGAAUCACUUUGGAAUGGACUUUGCUGGGCUAGAGGCAAAACUUGCAAUAAGUAAUACCGCGUGGCAAUGUGAAGGUGGCAAGCCAGGUCUGCCCGUGCAUUUCCGUGCACUGGAAAAAGACCUAAAGCUUUUGACGAAACCCAUUGAGGUUCUAAACUUUACUUUUACUAAGCCGACGACAGGAGCUGUAGAUUACCAGGAUACGGUAGUUGACGUAGUCGAGGCAGGAAAGGUGCAAGCCGUCCUCAUGUGGUGGGAAGUUAGCUUUGACACGGACGAUAGUGUCGUGUACUCUACAAAGCCAGACGCACAAAACUGGCAAGAUCAUUGGGUGCAGGUUGUCUUUCCGUUUGUGGUAAACAUCCAAGCGCGGCCUAAUGAUAAUCUACUCUUGCGUGCUCACCACGAUGAUAUUCGCAUUUGGUUUGACGUUGAUGUUGCUCCACAAAUUGACUCACUUGACGAAAAAAAGCGCUCCGUGUUGGUCGAUAAACCUCCAUGCAUUUGCGGAAUGCACCUCAUCUGCAACGCGAGCGUAUCUCGAUGCUCACUGACGCUACACGUUGCAAAGCCUACACGGCGUCGUUUUCCUCGACCAUUGCUGAGCUUAGUAAAGAUUAAACUUUACGCUCGAUUUCCUGUCUCGAUAUUAGCGAUGGAUCGCUGUGUGCACUACUGGCUGCUACGCACAAGCAAAUAUCAAAUCUUAACCUACAAUGCCGUUGACGCCGAGGUACUUAAUAGCGGCGUGAAGGGUUUGCUGCCUGAGAAUAUCUUCAUGGCUUUUAACUUUUGGCUGCGACGUUCAGCUGUCAGUGGACUUUUGCACCCGAGUGCCCGAGUGUUACCUGCCCGUGCGAGGGAUAAAUAUUUCACGCGCAACUUUCCAUAUCCGGUCUACAUGUAUCCCUACAAGCAAGCAUCGGACGUAGUUGAGCUCGCUACUCUGGACUUUAUGCAGACAGUGCAUACGAUCGCCUCUAACGUCACUAUCCUAUUAAAGAGCUCGACAGCAAAUGCAGUAGUGGUGUGGGUUGAGUACGUGUUGGACGUAGAAGGCCAACACGUAGUGGCUACAGGUCCGGCUGUGCGUAUGCAAAGCAACUCAUCCGAUUCCUCCCACCUGAGUCAGCUGCACCUGUUCAGUCAGCAACCAGGCUGA